CUAAUAAACGUAUUAAAACAUUUAAAUGGCCUCCAUAUAGCCCAGACCUUAAUCCUAUUGAGAACCUUUGGUCCGAAGUUGAAAAUAAGCUUCAAAAAUGUCGCUCAAGACCUGGCAACCUUAAUGAGCUUGAGAGGAUGGUUAAGAAAGAAUGGGAAGCAUUAUCUCAGAGUUAUUAUAGGUAUCUUGUUGAAAGUGAGGUAGACCGUGUUAAAGCAGUAUAUGAUAAUGAUG